ACCUGAUGUGUGGGAAAUUGGCGCAAUAACCUCAAAAAUUGAUUUUUCUGUGUUUGUUUAGUUUUUAUUAGGAAAAUGAGUGAAAAUCCUGAUAUUAGACGAUUAAUUUUGACCACAUUUAAGCUGUGUGGCUACACAAUUCGCUCCGGAUGUUCAGACUUUUUGGUUGAUGAACUUGGGCAAAUUCCUCCGGAUGAUCGUCAGAAGCUCCUUGAUGAUAUGUGCGAUCAUGUCCAGAGGCAGGGACUCUCAGUACCCGUAGUGGAGAAGCACCAUCUCGAGUUGGCCUUCCGUGAGAGUCAAAAUUACGGACUCAACGAGAGCGAGACUGUCUUCAGUGUGAUUCCGGAUGCAUUCUCAAUACCCUCAUUUGUGUACGAUUGCGAAAGGAAGAAAUUCAUUCAGGACACAAAAGAACGGAAUCUUCUGGGAGAUGCUGGAGCCAAAGGCGAAUGCCUGAGGAAUCGCUACUACAUGCUGUGGCAGAGAACAGCCAGACAUGAGAUGUUCUCAAAGGGACUUUUGGACAAAAAUGAUCAAGGAUUUGUACUGCGGAGAGUGGAAAAUAUUCUCUCAACUUCAAAAUUGAAGGACGUUGUUGUCCUGGGGAUGUUUACAAAGUUUGCUGAUGGGAAGUUUCACGUGGAGGACCCAACGGGGAAAAUUCUUUUGGAUAUCAGUGAUGCCAAAAUGCACUCGGGCUUCUUUUGCGACGGAUGCUUCGUUCUUGUGCAGGGAAAGUACAACGAGGGUGUGCUUAAAGUAUCAAGCUUGGGAUUCCCACCACCGGAAGCUGCUACAAGUAGUCGGGCUUACUUUGGGACGGCCAAUACAUGGGGAGGGAAGAGCAAGACUCUCCUGAAGUACUCCCAGAGACUCAAAACGGUUGAACUCACCGACACUGAGGCUACGAUAAUCUUCCUUUCGGAUUGCUGGCUCGAUGACGCCGUGGUGAUGAAUAAAUUGAGAGUUCUCUUUGAGGGCUACGACGACAGUCCUCCAGUUGCAAUCGUCCUCAUGGGACCGUUCUCACGAACUUCCAUCCACUAUCGUUAUCUCAGUGAGAAGUUUUCCGAACUGGGUGGGAUUAUUGCCCAGUGUCCAUCGAUCCUCGAAAAAACUGACAUAGUUCUCGUACCAGCUGUUGAUGAUCCCCCAUCCAGCAACAUUCUCCCACGUCCGGCACUCCUGGACUUCCUCAUUGCAGAUCUGCGGCGAAAAGUCCCCCGUGUGGUUGCCACGACAAAUCCCUGCCGCUUGCAGUACUGCACGCAACAGAUUACCAUCUUCCGGAUGGACUUGGUGACAAAAUUGUGUCGGAAUACAAUUAAAUUCCCAGAUACGGGUAAUCUUGAGGAGCACAUAGCACGUACCCUCGUCUGCCAGGGCACCCUGGCUCCAAUGCAUAUGAAUGUGAUGCCCAUUUAUUGGCAGUACGAUGCUGCUCUAUCCCUCUACCCACUUCCGGAUCUCAUCGUCUUGGGGGAUUCCACAAAGAGCUUCACGACGGAUCUUCAGGGAUGUACUAUCCUCAACGUGGGCUCCUUCUCCAAAAGUAACUUCUCCUUCAAAGUCUACGUACCCCACAAUCGCACAGUCGAGGAUUCCAUGAUUCCCACUGAUGAGGCUGAAAUGGAAGAGCCCUGAUCACGUUCAGCACGUCCUGAAGAGAAAUCUUUUGCAGAAUUUUAUUUCUUUUAGUUGCUUCUUCCAAAAUAAAAAGAAAUUGUUUAAUUUUUGCCUAAAAUAUGCAUUUCGCAGUAAUCUCUAUACAACACUAAAGCUAAAAUAUCACUUUGAACUUGGAUUUA